GGGCGCCUAUCUCUAUGUGCGCCUAUCUCUAUGGGCGCCUAUCUCUAUGGGCGCCUAUCCCUAUGGGGCCUAUCUCUUUGGGCGCCUAUCUCUAUGGGCGCCUAUCUCUAUGGGCGCCUAUCCCUAUGGGUGCCUAUCUCUUUGGGCCUAUCUCUAUGGGCGCCUAUCUCUAGGGGCGCCUAUCUCUAUGGGCGCCUAUCUCUAUGGGCUCCUAUCUCUAUGGGCGCCUAUCUCUAUGGGUGCCUAUCUCUUUGGGCGCCUAUCUCUAUGGGCGCCUAUCUUAGGGGCGCCUAUCUCUAGGGGCGCUAUCUCUAUGGGCGCCUAUCUCUAUGGGCGCCUAUCUCUAGGGGCGCCUAUCUCUUUGGGCGCCUAUCUUUAG